AUGGAUCGUAACUCACAGAACCGUUCAGCCCCCCUCGAUUCAACAGGUAAAGAAGCUUCCCGUCGUAUUGAUGAACAAAUAGAGCUAAUAGCUCCCACCUCUCAUCACUCGACAAUAUCACCUGAUGAAAACGAAGAUAAGAUGGUCAGUGCAAGAUUCAAAGGUAAUCUACGUCGAACAGGCCAAACUGGUUAA